GAUCCUUGAAGAAGCCCGGCAGUAGUUCUGGCCGGCGGGGGGUGGGGGGGGUCAGCAAGUGGCCAGUGUGGUGGUGUGGCGUCGCCACGAGUGGUGGUGGUUGUAGUGAGGGAGGUGAUGGUAGAGUGUGGUCAGUGUUGUGGUGGCGCCAGCUCUAAGGGCACGCUUGCUGAGGAGAAUUGUUUGUUGACGUCGCUUGGAGAGAAGACGCCAGCUCUGACCGUCUGCCGGUCUGCUCACGGUGUGUGUGUCGAGUGUUGCUGGUAUAAGCAGCCAAACUGCACUGUGAACCCAAAACGGAACCAAUCAGUAAGGACAACACAUCAAUAGAAACACCUACAACAGGAGCACUAACAGGAACGUCAGCAGCAGGAGCACUAACAGGACAGUCAGGAGCAGUAACAGGAACAGGAGAGGGAUGGAGCCCGAGAGGUCGGCAGCACAGUUAGUGGUGGAAGAGGAGGCCUGGAAGAGGCCAGCCCACGGCACGCAGUACUUCGCCGCGCUCUCAGCUUCGAUGGGGGCCAUGGCGGUGGGCGCCGCUAUCGGCUACUCCUCGCCGGCCUCUGCAGCGUUCCGCUACGAUAACACCACCGACAAUAAUUCGACCGAUGGCUUCUACUUGUCAAAGGAGGAACGAGGGUGGUUCGCUGGCUCCCUGAGCAUCGGGGCGCUCCUGGGUUGUGUGCUGGCCGGCUUCUGCAUAAACAGCCUGGGCAGGAAGGGAACCAUGCUGGCCUCCGUUGUCCCGCUCUUAGGCGGCUGGAUCCUUAUCGGGCUGGCACAGAACCUGUCCAUGCUGAUCAUCGGACGCAUCCUGUGUGGGCUGUGUACGGGCAUCAGCUCGCUGGUCGUGCCCACCUACACCACAGAGUACGCCUCCAAGGACAUCAGAGGAGCACUGGGCACAGGUUUCCAGCUCUUCAUUACAGUGGGCAUCCUGUACGCUUAUGUGUUCGGGUCUGUGGUGUCGUCAUGGCGGUGGUUGACGCUGGUGUGUGGGGCGCUAGGCUUGGUCUUCCUCCUCAUGGCCGCCUUCCUCAAGGAGUCGCCUCACUUCCUUCUCUCUAAGGGCAAGGAGAUGCAGGCCAGGCAGUCUAUGCAAUACUUUAGAGGCAAAUCAUAUGACAUAGAGCAGGAAAUGCAGGAGCUGAAACAGUCUUUGAAGGACUCCUCGGAUGUGAAGGUGACACUGAAGGACCUGUCCACCCCUUACAUCCUCAAGCCUCUGUUGAUCACCUUGGCCCUCAUGGUCUUCCAACAGCUCUCUGGCACCAAUGCUGUCAUCUACAAUCUCAAUAUCAUUUUCGAGGACUCUGGCAGCACGUUAUCUGACGACAUGAGCAGCAUAAUAGUGGGGGUUGUGCAGGUGCUGGCCACAGCGGCCUCCACCCUCCUCAUCGACCGUGCUGGGAGGAAGUUGCUGCUCUCCAUCUCCGCCGGCGUCAUGGCCAUCUCUAUAAUUUGCUUGGGCGUGUUCUUCUACAUGAAGUCAGAGGACGAGCAAUGGGCUGGAACUAAUUUGGGGUGGGUGCCCCUAGUGUGUCUCAUGGUCUUCAUCACAGCCUUCUCCAUCGGCUAUGGUCCCAUCCCCUGGAUUAUGAUGGGCGAGUUGUUCUACCCAAACGUGAAGGAGGCUGCAGGCAGCCUAGCCACCACCAUCAACUGGACGUGUGUAUUCAUUGUGACCUUCACCUUCGAGCCGCUGCAGGAUGCCAUCCACGACUAUGGUGCCUAUUUCCUGUUUGGAAGCAUUAGUGCCCUUAACUUUAUCUUUUGUCUGGCGUUUGUUCCCGAGACGAAAGGCAAGACACUACAGGAAACCACAGCUCAUUUCGGCGGACCAUCUGUCUUGAAAUAAAGAAUAUUGGAGGAACAAAUCCACAAGGGCCGUGACGAGGGUUCGAACCUACGUCCAAGAGGAUUCCAGAUGCUGCCUUAAUCGACUGGGAUUUCUUCGGCCCUUGUGGAUUUGUUUAUUUGAUGCAUCAUGCUAUUGUGAUUUGUGUGUGUAAUAUUGGAGGGUUUGUUUGAAUAUUAGUGAGAACAUGAUGCGUGGAGUAGGCUGCCUGUGCAGGGUUACAAAGACUCUGCAAGGUUACAAAGAUGAUGAUGCGUACUACUUAAUUCUUACCUGUUGUAAUUCAUUUUGUUGAGGACAGGCUGCCUGUGAAUGUAUACGGACUUCAGGCUUAUAUCGAGAUCCCCCCUCCCCCUGUCCCCCUCUCCCAAGGUAAUAAAUAUUUAUGUACUUGUGUUAUAUGGCGAAAUGUAAUUUUUUAAUUCAAUAAAACAUUGCAUAUAA